ACAAAAAAAAAAAAAAAAAUACAAAUAGAAACAAAAUAAAAGAUAACAAUAUGUCAAAUACAAUCAAAGUUCUUGGCCUGUGCCUGGUGUCGGCCCUAGUGCUGCAAUUGGUCUGUGCGGAUAUCGAGACAAACGAAGUGAACGACAAUAAUAGUCCCGAAUAUAUGCUGCAGGGCGUGCGUGUCUAUCCCAAUGAUCGUCAUUGUGUGCUCGUCGGAGGAUUGUGUGUGCACACCAGCGAUUGCAACCUGCCCACCACGAACAAGGGCCUGUGCCCCACCAGCGCCCAUCUGGGCGUGGAGUGCUGCUACGAGUUGCCCGUUAGACCAGCGCCGUGUGCGCAACACCUGGGCGCCUGCAUGGAGUACUGCGGCCAGGCACUGCAGAGACCUGGAACGGACUGCAAGAACGGAGAGUUUUGCUGUGUUUUGAUUUAGACUACGUUAUGUAAUAUAAUCUAUAAAUCAAUGAGCAUCAUUUGUCAACUGUAGACUAUAUUUAACGAUACUUUAACUUAUAUAUUGUACGAAUAAUUUUUAUAUGAAAUAUUUCUACUGUUCUAAUAAAAUAAAAAACACUGUAAAUAUUUAAAAAAAAAAAAAAAUGAAUUUGAAUUAUUCACAUAAAAUUGAGAAACAGUCAGAGUUCUUAUCUGCUUAAUUCAUAUCUGCCUAUUUAUAAGAUUCUAGAAAUUUGCCAUAUGGGUUCUAUAUAGGAAGAGGAAAUACUUUCUAAGAUUUCGCUUUUAAAGGGUAACCUCUAGUCGAGCUUAUGACUAUGCUUGGCACUUGAGGCUCGAUCAGCUGAACUAUAAUGCGGCGGAACGUUGCGAAAGGCAUUAUUUACAAUGCUUCAAUGUUUCAAGAAAUUUGCAUCUUUUCUUAACUGAAUUUUGUACGCCUUCCUGGUUGGAACUUAUCUAAUUAGUCUCUCUUAGUGUUGAUUGCAAUUUAAACCUCGACCUGAUGUCGCAGCUAACUCUGUUCAAUAUGUCAGCUAAGAGGAACCUCUUAUAUCUCGGCCUGGUAUCAGCUCUAAUGAUGCAAUUGGUCUUCGCGGAUAUUGACUCAUUAGAGGGGAUCGAUAGCAAGGCUCCUUACACAAAGCCAUGUCCUUCAAAUCUGGCGAUCUGCAUGACGUUUUGCGGCGAAGCUCUGCGUAUACCUAGAACGGACUGCGAGAAUGGCGAAUUUUGCUGUACCCUGGUAUAGCUUAUAUAGCUAUAAAUCAAAAGGUUGCUUUUUAAAUGAUAAAAAUUAAAUGUAUACACUUUUCGUCUAUUUAG